GGCACCGACACCCUCCACACCAACGCGAUGGCCCCCACCAAGAAGUCCAAGGCUGCCAAGUCCACCGAGUCCAUCUCCUCCCGUCUCGCCCUCGUCGUCAAGUCGGGCAAGUACUACCUCGGCUACAAGUCCGCCCUCAAGCAGAUGCGCAAUGGCAAGGCCAAGCUCAUCUUGAUCGCGGGUAACUGCCCCCCGCUGCGCAAGUCGGAGAUCGAGUACUAUGCCAUGCUCUCCAAGACGUCUGUGCACCACUUUGCCGGCACGAACGUUGCGCUCGGUACUGCUGCUGGAAAGCUCUUCCGUGUUGGUGUCAUGACCGUCACCGACCCUGGAGACAGCGACCUCCUCGCCGUUGCUGAGGGUGCGGCCGCAUAA